AUGGUCGGCUUGGCUGCCCCGCUGCUGCUUCUGGCCAUGACUCUCGCCCUGCUGGGACCACCGGCUGUCCAAGCAGCCCAAUCUGGCCAGAGUCAAGUCGAAGGGGAGUCCAAGCUACCACUGGAUGAAGAGAGCAGAGCACCAGCACCGGCUGCCCCGUCUACUCCUGCAGAGUCCGUCCUGGUCUCUGUCUAUGUCCAUCUGGCCUUCUCCAGCAAGACCUGGCCCCCAGAGCUCCCUCUGACCCUGGCUCCUCCCUCUGCCUGGACCUCCUCAUCCCCAACAAGUCUCACUGGUCUCAACCUCACCACAGUGUGCCAUGCCAGGAAAGAUGGGCAUUUCUGUUGUGAGUGCCUCCCUGGGUACCAGUGGAACGCCAGUGUCUGCUCCCAUCGCUCUCCAUGCCCCGACCCCCACAGCCACCAGCCCUGUGUCUGCCUUGUCUUCAGCCAUCCGGAGCCCGCCUACUGUCAGCUGCUGCCACCUGUCCCCGGGAUGCUGAGCCUGGGCUCCAGGCUGCCCAAGCCUGGCAGUACGCUGAACCUGACUCUGCUCCUGCACCACACGGCCACGGACCUGAGCUGGCUCCUGUGGCCCAUCGGGCAUUCUCACCCCGUCUCCCUGCAGCCAGGGACACAGGUGUCCCUGAGCUCUCCCCACCAGGGCCAGGCUGCCCUCAGCAUCUUCAACGUCUCCCAGGAGUGGGCAGGCGAAUACAUGUGCUGCUUCGAGGCCCGGGGAUUCCGGUGGGAGCUGCACCAGGAGGUGAGGGUGCCUUUGCAGGAGGCCGAUGUGGCGGGCCUUCCAGACCAGCUCUCUAUCUCCUGUGCCACUGCCGCUGGCUUGCGCCUGAGCUGCUGCACCCCCAGCACACACCUGUCCUACACUGCCUCCUGGAGCCCAGGAGAGGGCAGCACAGUCUCCUUACUGCAGGCCUCAGGCUCCCAGUGCCUCAUGCUGGCUGCUCCGGACUGCCCUGCAGCUAAUACCACGUACACGUGUGAGCUGCGGAGCCCAGAAACGGCCCCUCUCAGGGUCUCCGUCUCCGUCACCACCAUCCAGGAUGGUGACACCGUUUGCUCCACAGAGUUCCUGGUUGUCGAUUGGGAGGUCACCAAGGCUGGCUACAUGGCACAGGCCCCAUGUCCCCAGCACAGGCUUGGAAGGAUGACCAGGUUGUGCCAGUCUGACGGGUCCUGGGGGCCCGUUCACAGCAGCUGCAUGGACGCCGGGCUGCUAGCCUUGCUGCAUAGAGCCCGGCUGCUGCCAGCGGGCCAGGGCUAUCCUGCCGAGGAGGUGCCCCAUCUCCUGGGGCAGCUGCCAGAACAGGCGGCACGGGUGAGGUCACCCUCGGACUUACUGGCCCUGCUGGGCACCAUGACCAUCCUGGCUGAGGUGGUGGCAGAGGGCAGAAUCCAUCUUGCCCACAGUGACCUGAAGGCACUGCUGACAGCCACAGACAAGGUCCUCGCCAUGGACAACAGUUCUCUGUGGACCUCGACUCAGGCCCAGGAGCCCUUGGCAGCCUCGGCUCUCUUACGGGCAGUGGAGACCCUGGCGCGCAGCCUGCACCCAAAGGAUCACCCCUCCUCCUUCAUCUUGCCCAAUAUGCAGCUUCAGAGCCAGCUCCUUGGACCCACCGACCCUGAGGACUACAGGGUCUCCUUCUCCACGCAGCCCCCACUGCAGGCGCAGAUCCCCAGGCGCUCGCUGGCCCCCCUGGACCACAACAGAGCCAACGUUAGUAUUACGAGCCUGGUGCUGCAGAGACUGGACCGCCUCCUGCCUUCAAACUAUGGGCCGGGGCUGGGGGACUCUGUCUAUGCCUCUCCCGGCCUGGUCCUCUCCAUCUCCAUCACGGCCGAUGGUCAGGCCAUCAACCAGGGACAGGUCAUCAUGGACUUUGGGGACAGAAGUGGGAUCCCCCACUGUGUUUUCUGGGACCCCGAGCUCUUCCACGGUGAGGGGGGCUGGUCAGACGAAGGGUGCCAGGCACGGGUGGCCAGGGCCAGCCCCACCGCUCAGUGUGUCUGCCAGCACCUGACUGCCUUCUCCAUCCUCAUGUCCCGCCACACGGUUCCCGACAGCCCGGCCCUGGAGCUGCUGAGCCAGCUGGGCCUGGGGGCCUCCAUCCUGGCCCUGCUUGUGUGCCUGGGUGUGUACAGGCUGGUGUGGAGGGCCGUGGUCCGCAACAAGGUGGCCUACUUCCGCCACAUAGCCCUGCUCAACGUGGUGCUCUGCCUGCUGGCCGCAGACACCUGCUUCCUGGGAGCCCCAUUCCUCCCUGCAGGGCCCCAGAGCCCACUCUGCCUGGCCGCCGCCUUCCUCUGCCAUUUCCUCUACCUGGCCACCUUCUUCUGGAUGCUGGCGCAGGCCCUGAUGCUGGCCCACCAGCUGCUCUUUGUCUUCCACCAGCUGUCCAAGCACUGGGUGCUCCCCCUGAUGGUGGCCCUAGGCUAUCUGUGCCCACUGGGAUUUGCAGGGGGUGCCCUGGUCCUCUACCUACCCCGGGGGAAAUACUUAAGGGAAGGGGCGUGCUGGCUGGAUGGGAAGGGAGGGGUCCUCUACACCUUCGCCGUGCCGGUUCUGGUCAUCGUGGGAGUGAACGGGCUGGUGCUUGUCAUGGCUGUGCUGAAGUUGUUGAGACCUUCGCUCUCAGAGGGGCUGCAGGUGGAGAAGCGCCAAGCCCUUCUAGGGGUGAUCAAAGCCCUGCUCAUUCUCACGCCCAUCUUCGGCCUCACCUGGGGGCUGAGCCUGGCCACUCUGAUCGAAGAAGUGUCCGAUGCGCCCCACUACAUCUUCACGAUUCUCAACACCGCCCAGGGUGUCUUCAUCUUACUGUUCGGCUGCCUCAUGGACAAGAAGGUACAAGAGGCGUUACGCAGGCGCUUCUGCCACAGGCAGCCUCCGGGCUCCACCAUUUCCCUGGCCACGAAUGAAACCUUCAUCUCAGAACAGAGCAAAGGAAGGAGGACAAGUCCCAGCUAUGCAGAAAGGACGACUUAAUUGGCAGGAAUGCUGACCACCGAAACAUCGGAGGCCCAGGACGGACUUGGGUUUGUUUGUUUUUAAUGUUUAGGAAAAGGUGAA